AUGGCAUCAGAGCACGACCGAGCAGUCUUGCAGGCUAUUUUCAAUCCUAACACCCCGUAUGGCGACGUCCCUGGGCUGGACCUGGAGCAGGAAUUAACGGAUGAUGAAAGCUCCUUUGAUGCAGACUUGCUGAGGCAAGUAAAAAACUUGGAGAGUCGUGGAGUCUCUGCGGCCGAGGCGGGGGACUUGCGGGAGGCCCUUGAGCUUUUCGACCAGGCCGUACAAGUUCUGCCCCGGCGUGCGUCAGCUUACAACAACCGGGCACAGACACUGCGACUCCAAGGAAACACAACAGGUGCUCUGGAGGACUUGGACCGCGCCAUCUCCCUGAGCGAGGGCAGGGGUCGGACAGCCUGCCAAGCGUUAGUCCAACGGGGCCUCCUGCGUAGGCUAGCGAGCCAAGACGACAAGGCCCGGGAGGACUUCCAGAAGGCGGCAGCACUUGGCAACGAAUUCGCCCGACAACAGGUGGUGCAGCUGAACCCGUACGCAGCACUUUGCAACAAGAUGCUCUGCGAGGUCAUCGGAAAGCUGCGUAACCCAGACAUCGGCGAGACCAGACUGUAG